AUGGCGUCGAGGGGAAUGCUCCCGCUCUUGGUGGGCAUGAUGCUGUUGACAGGCGUCUGCAACACGCUGCUCACAAAAUACCAGGACAAUCAGUGCGCUCGCGACUGUGACAACCCCGAUCCCUCGCAACGCAAGAACUUCCACCAGCCCGUCCUCCAGACCUUGCAAAUGUUUGUUGGCGAAAUGGGAUGCUGGGUCGUCAUGGGCAUCGCUGCCGUCUACCGCCGCUACAUCUCCAAGUCGUCCGCCGGCUACGAAGCCCUUAACACCGACGAGCGGGACGAUCUCGAUACGGACGAGACUGAUAUUCACGGCGCACCCACCAAGUCCGAUAGCGAGCUCAAGGGCAUCCGCGUACUUCUCCUCUCGCUUCCUGCCAUCUGCGAUGUGUGUGGCACGACGCUCAUGAACAUUGGUCUGCUCAUGGUCGCCGCUUCCAUCUACCAGAUGACGCGCGGCGCACUCGUGCUCUUUGUCGGCCUGUUCAGCGUCCUCUUCCUCAAGAGGAGGCUUUUCGCUUUCCAGUGGCUCUCCCUCGUCGGUGUCGUUGUCGGUGUUGGUCUUGUCGGCCUGGCCGGCAUCAUCUGGCCGGACCAGAAGAAGAUUGUGGGUGUGUCUGAAAACGCCAACGAUGUCGCUUCCCACACCUUUUUGGCCGCCAUUGGUGUUCUCCUCAUCGCGGGUGCCCAGAUCUUCACCGCCACGCAGUUUGUGCUUGAGGAGUACCUUUUGGAACGGUCCACGAUUGCGCCCAUCGAAGUCGUUGCCUGGGAGGGCAUCUUCGGCUUCAUCGUGACCCUCUUGGGCAUGAUUGUGCUUCACUUUGCCAUCGGAAGGACCGAGGCUGGUCGCUACGGCUCUUUGACAUGGUGGAGAGCUGGAGGCAGUGGCUUCAACUUCUUUGGCAUCUCCGUCACCCGUGGCGUAAGCGCCACCGCACGAUCCACCAUCGACACCUGCCGUACCCUUUUCAUCUGGAUCAUCUCUCUCGGCCUCGGCUGGGAGACGUUCAAGUGGCUCCAAGUCGUCGGUUUCGGCCUCCUCGUCUACUUCACCUUCCUUUUCAACGGCGUCGUCAAGCCUCCCUUCAAGUUCCUCGAGGUCGAUGAGGAAGUCCAGGAGCUUCUUCCCGAGGAGCCCAUCGAGCAUCAGUAA